UCUCCUUAGGCCUCAGACGAUACACACAUCAUGUUCAUAAACACUAUACACAACAACGAUUCAGAUAUUAUAACCAGAAACUAUAUCAACAUAACAUUUGUAUGCCGCUACCCCAUCAACUACAUGGUCCAACAACCCAAUGGUGAAAACAUGAUUAGAGUUGAUGUCAGAACUAUCACUCUGAACACAGAGGAUGGGAACUUCUCAGUGUCGAUGUUGUUGUACAAAGAUGAAGCCUUUGAGGACAGGUGGACCACUGUGCCGUCACUGACACUGGAUGAUGACAUCUUUGUGAAAGUUUUCAUGAUACCGGCUCACCUGAUGCUGCGUAUAGAGAGAUGCUGGGCUACACCAACCAGCGAUCCAUACAGCAAUAUUCAGUACACCUUCAUCAGAGACAGCUGCCCGGUGUUGUCAAAUGAACAGACCCUGAGUGUGCUGAAGAACGGCCAGGGUCCAGAGGCCAUGUUCAGGAUACAAAUGUUCAAGUUUGUGGGCGGCUCUUACACCAACGUCUUCCUCCAUUGCAACGUCCAGAUCUGCCACAACACCCCGGGGCUGUGCCAGCCUAACUGCUCCAGUGAAGAAGGGUUAAUGAGGACACGGAGAGACAUCCCUCUGUCCCAUACAGUGUCUUAUGGACCAAUCAGACGACUACUUAAUGAUAGUGAAAAGCCCAAUCUGAAUGCAGGCGGGGUCCCUCCUGUGGAGACCUUUGUCCUCGGAGGGCUGCUGGUUGUCUUGCUGCUGAUCACAGGAGUGUUCGGGAGGCUGUGGCUUCGCUCAAGACGUUUCUACCCAGCGCGGGAGGCGCAGCUCACCCUGUCCAACAUCCACCACAUCUCAGAAGUGGCCUCAUGAAUCAGGGGAUCGGGGACCUCUCUGAGUGAAGAAAUGGACAUAUAAACGUGUACAAAUACAAACACACACAUACAGGUGUGAUCUAUGAUAAGAAUUAAAGUCUUGCAUAUGUUUCUCUUCAUAUAAUGAAUUUCUUAUACUGUAAGAAAUCGACUUAAUAAAGGUCUCCCUCAAA